AUGCUGUCCCGAGCCCUCACAGCGAAGCCUAGGAAGAUCAGUACGAUCUUCAAAUAUGGGUCAAAGUCAACAUUCGGAUGGAGCAAAUCGGUCUCGGUGAGCGAAUACGACGACUUCAGCACGGCCGUUGGAUUCAUGGAAGAUCAACCGUUGGUCCACUGCGGCCCAAAUCAUCACGGCAAGAUCAUCAUGAAACAGUACUCGUCAUCAUCAUGUGGGGAUCACGACACGGGGUGGACCCACGGCCAGCUGAUGCUGAACGAGGUUUUGAGGGCUUCGGUUGCGGUGUUGGGGGACCAGAGCCGGCUGGGGAUGAGUGAGAAAGUGGUGCUUUCGGGAGGGAAGAUUUGUGUGUUGAAAAGGUUUAGGAAACUGAGUGUUGGGAAGAGUGAGUUUGGGAAGAGAUUAGAGAGGUUUUUUCAGGUGAGUGUUAAGUCAAAGAAUAAUCUUGUGCCUGUCAUGGCUUAUCUCUAUGCUAAGAGGAUCAAGUUUGUUCUAUGUGAUUAUUAUCCUAUGGGCAGCCUCGCAGACUUGCUUGCUGGUAGUAGGCAACAUGGUCACACAGCCCUAGACUGGAACCAAAGGCUCACAAUUGUUCUCCACAUUGCGCAAGCAAUCGCGUUCAUCCAUGCAAUAUCGCCAGCGCAAGAGAAGAACAUGCAAAUGAACGUGCAUGGCAACAUAAAGGCUUCCAACGUCAUGAUAAACACCGAUUUCUCCGCCUGCCUGUCGGACUACGGCAUAGCUCAGGUGGCGGAGCGAGUGGAGGUUUUCAACGCGUGGCAAUGGAAGCCGGGGUCACCGACAGAUGUGUACUACUCCGACGCUCUUUGCCAGAAAUGCGACAAAUGCGACGUCCACAAUUUUGGGGUCAUAAUACUAGACAUACUAGGAGGACCCGAUGGGAUUACUUUGUUCAUGACAAAUUUAGUGAGUGAGGAAGAAAAAGAGAAGAAGCAAGCGUGGCAGGUUUUAGACAUUGCCUUGGCGUGUACAAAUAAACAGCCCGAGGCAAGGCCUACGAUUGAACAGAUAAGGUUGCAUCUUGGAGAUGUUUGUAACAAUGAUGCAUAA